UUAAAGUUUGGUCUACUCAAGACACUAGCUUUAAUAUGAAAUGAACUUAGUUUAGUUUCCACAAUCUUAGAUUUCAAACCAGUUAUGCAGGCUUACAACAGUCACGUGGUUUUUUCGCCUCGUCCGCCAUUUUUAAGCCUUCACCCUCCGAUUACCUACCCCCUACAGUCCCACCCAGCGUUCUUUCCGUUCCAUGGCUCUCCCUACGCUCUGCCGCCUUCAGUCUCAUUUGCUGAUAAAAUUGCUGCCGAUUUGCUGUUCGAGGCAAGGUUCGGCUGUCAGAGAAAGCAGAGACGAUGCCGGACGGCCUUCACCAACCAGCAACUGUCCACGCUAGAGAAAACAUUUGCCAAGACGCACUACCCCGACGUCGUGAUGAGGGAGAGGCUCGCAAUGAUGACCAACCUCCCAGAGGCCAGAAUCCAGGUAUGGUUCAAGAAUAGAAGGGCCAAAUAUAGAAAGAAACAGAAGGUGGCGCCUGUUGCUGAGAGCAGUAACCAAUCCGGAGCCGGUGAAGAAUCCGAUACAGGUGUCUCUCAACAGAGUGACGCAAAUACUGACCUUGACCUGACUGAUGACGUAAUAGUAGACGUGGUCAGCGAGGAAGAGGAAGAUGAGCUACGGACGUUAGAUACAGAUCAAAAACCUGGACUAGAAAAUGAGGAACCGGACAAUGGCAUUGUAAAUUAUUCUGGCUCUGCUUCAAAGUCAGAGAACGCCGAGGGCUCCACUACAAACGCUGAUGAAAAGGACGACGAUGAAAGCGAUGACCCCAAAACGAGGGCGACGCCAUCUCCUGAUAUUGAGCAAACUGAUAAAGAGACACUCAGCUAUCCGCCAUCAACAUCUUUACCCCCGUUUCAGAUUUUCAACAAUCAGAGACAUUUUAGUUUUCCUCCUCCCCCUCCCCAUGGAUUCGGGUUUCCGUUUUGCCUACCGGAGAAUUCCUUUCCGUCCGUGUAUCGUAAAGCAUCGCCUCUGGGCCCCGCCCAUUCCUCCCACCCCCUGUCCUCUAGCCUGUACAAGAGGGAGGGGACUUCAUUGGAAACUCACUACAACCCCAGCAUCGAGAGUCUGCGGUCCAAAGCAAAACUGUAUUAUGAUUCUCUGGGAAAAUUGUGAUUUAUACUGACUCUAGAAUUGUGUUACUUAUUAUUGUGGAAACAAUUACAUGUAUAUUCAUGGGGGAUAAUUUUAUUGGAUUUCCAUUUUUUUUUAAAAAGGUUUGUGGGGAUGUAAGUUCUGGGAUUCUUCUAUGCAAAAUGAGUAAAUUCAUAAUUUGUUGGGAAUGUGCACCAAGGAAAUCCAUGCAAACUGAGCCCCAACGAAUAUUCAUGAUUCCCUGGUACAUUGACUUGAAUAUACAUGUAAAUCUAUUUUGAUAUACACAUAAUAUAACAUAUAAGCAGGUAUUGUCUAUAUCAGCUUUCUCCAUUCCACGUUACAUUAAAUAAUGCAUCUGAGGUUGUGAUUUUGUAUGUAUAAGAUAUUGAUUAUAAAUUUUUAUCUCUUUCAUUCAUUUUCAUUACGUUCAUGUUUUUAUGUUUGCAGAGUUACAUGUAUUAGAAAAUGUCGUGUAAAUGCUUAAUAUUAGUAUUAGUAUGUUGAAUGUUUUAUCUUUAAAAAUUUAAACGAGUGCAACUCCUUCCAGUGGAAAUUUUAGGUAUAGAGAGGGUUGGGUGCACUUUUGUUGAGUACUUGUUUACAAUACACGUUACAUUGCUUUGUUUAGCAUUCUGUAAGCUUGAUUUACAUUACUUAUUAUACAAAUAAAAACUGAAUGCAUCUUUA